AUGGCUUUUCCUCAGAAAAAACGAACACCUUCUUUCUCUUCCUCUAUUCUUGAUUCUAUUUAUCGUUCUAUCGAUGAAUCAGACGGUCUUCAAAGUGACCUAAGAGGAGGAACCAUCAAUAGCAACAACGACGAAAAUGUAUCUUCAUCAUCAUCAACAUCAUCACCAUCACCAACCAAAAAAGAUGAUAAGCUCACAACUCUUCGAAGAGCAAUCAUGGAUGAAGAACACUGGCUUUACCCCAGAAGUAGCACCACAACCACCAACACCUCUGAUUCCUCUGCCUUUUCAUCUUCUGAGGCAGAAUCAUAUCGAACAAAACGAAGAUCGAGUAAGUUUGUGGAGCAAGUAAAUAAAUCAGGUGAUGAUAAAAAGGUGAAAGCCGUGAAGAUGCAUGAGGAGCUAAAGAGAUCAAAGCAGCCUUUGUCUCCUGGAGCUCGUCUUACUAGUUUCCUCAACUCGAUCUUCCAAUCAAACGCCAAGAAAGUGAAGCUUUGUUCUGUCGGUAAGACCACCGACGUGAAGUCUUCUUCUCCAAGAUCUUGCUUCAGUCGAACAAAACAUAAAACCAACAGCAACAACAACUGCUGCAAGAAGUUGGAAAGGUCCAUCAGAUUCUAUCCCGUUAGAGUAACCAUUGAUGGAGACUGCAGAGACUAUACUCAAAAACCGAUCUCAGAACGUACUGCUAAGAAGAGUAUCGAAAGAGUAGUGACAUCGCUGAAAGAAGAUAUUAAGACCAAAGUUCAUCAAACUGAGUUGACUUGUGUCACAAGAAAGAUAGGUUUGAAGGAUUAUGUGACAAGUAACAGAGACGAAGGUAACGAAGAUGAGGAUGAUGUUUGGAGCUACUCAAGUUCGGAUCUGUUCGAGCUCGAUAGUUACAGGAUCGGUAUGGGACGGUACUUAAAAGAGCUUCCGGUUUAUGAAACUACUGAUUUCAAGACUAAUCAAGCUAUUGCUAGAGGCUUGCUUUUGUAAUCUCUUAUCACUUUUUUUUUUUGUUAUUUAUCACUGAAAUCAAU